AUGGCCGAACGCACAUCCGACAGCGACGUCAACCGAACGCCAGCCGCCCCAAGCCCCCACAAUGCCGACUCCGACAGAGCACCGCCGAGUAGUCUCGACGAAGAAGCCCGGGUUGUUGGGCCGCCGCAGACCGCAGGAUACGUCGCCAAAAGUAAGGAGGAGGAAGCGCUAGUCAGGAAGAUAGACUGCUACCUACUGCCGACGAUAUGGAUCAUGUACCUAUGCAGCUACAUGGACCGCACCAAUAUCGGCAAUGCCAAGAUCGCCGGCAUGACACAAGACUUGGAGAUGGAUUCCGACAUGUACUCGACGGCCUUGGUGGUUUUCUUCGUCGGGUACGUCGUGUUCGAGGUGCCGUCCAACAUGGCCCUGUCCCGCACACGGCCCUCGGUCUUCCUACCCACAAUAAUGUUUCUCUGGGGAGUUCUGACCACGGCCAUGGGGUUUGUGCCGACAUACGGCGCCCUCGUCGGCCUGCGUGCCGCAAUCGGCGCCCUGGAGGCCGGCUUUGCGCCAGGUAUCCUGCUGCUAUUUAAUAGUUGGUACCGUAUCGAGGAGCAGUCGGUACGCUUCGCCGUCUAUAUUUCGGCCGCCAUCCUGUCCGGCGCCUUUGGUGGCCUCCUCGCGGGCGGCAUAGUGACAGGACUGGACGGGCUGGCGGGGAUUGAAGGCUGGCGUUGGUUGUUUAUUAUCGAAGGCAUUGCCACGGUUUGUGUUGCGAGCGCCAGCCGGUUUAUACUGCUGGACUUCCCGGCCAACACCAAGCGUCUGAGCGAGAGGGAGCGUGUCCUGGCUGUGAAACGACUGGGAGCCGACACCCCAGGCGGUGAAAAGAGGGAGAUGGCUCUCAUGGCCCCGCCGCCCUCAUCUUCAGCCCCGGCUGCGACAUUGCUGACAAGCAAUAGCCACAUGAGCGCCAGUCGCCGGAUGAAAACACCCCCACCAUCAGGGAUAAAACCGAGUCCGUCCCAUAUCCGCGCCCUCAAAAUGGUCCUAAAAGAGUGGCGGACUUGGUUGUUAGUCCUCGGCUACAUGGCCAUCGUCGGCUCCUCGACGCUGUCGUACUUUUACCCGACCCUCGUCCAGGGCUUGGGCUAUACCUCGGUCCAGAUGGCCCAGUACAUGGUGGUGCCUAUUUACGGCUCUGCCUUCGUCGCCACAGUGUGCGUCGGCUGGGUGGCCGACCGACACUUGCGGCGGCGUAGGCCGAUACUCGCCGCGGCGUGCAUGACGCUGGCCACGGCGUGUGCGCUGGCCGUGGUCGGGUGUGCGCACGCGUCUCCCGGGGCGGCCUUCGCGGGGCGCUACGCGCUGCUGGUGGUCAUGGCGUCGGCGCUCUGGGCGGCCAACGCCCUCGCGCUGUCGAUAGCCUCCAUCACCUUCUUGGCCGCCUUCCCGGGCGAGGACGGGGUUGGGCCGCGCGCCGUGGGCCUCGCGCUAGUCAACGCCAUGGGCAACUUGGCCCAGAUCUAUGGCGCCUACCUCUUCCCCUCCGAGGACGCGCCCGGCUACCUCUUGGGGUUCGGGGUUAUUGCCGGCAUGUGCUUCGUUGGGCUCUCGGCGUUUGCGUCGUUGGAGGUCCUGUUAAGGAAGAGGCCAGGGGCUGCGAAAUGA